AUGUCUGUUAAUUUAGAGGAUGUAAUGAUCCCGCUGUCUCUACUUGACGCAGCACUGCUCAGUCACAACCUUCCGAUUCUGUACUUCUUUCCUCCUCCACCAUCGUCCACUUUUGACCUCAACAAAUUGCAUUCGUCGUUCAUGUCAUUAGUUGAGCACGACUAUCCCAUUUUAAUAGGAGAAUAUCACGUUGAUCCAAAGACGGGUAUUGUCAAUGUGAAACAAACAUCGGAAUGUCGUGAAAAAGGAGCCUUUGGGAUCAAGUUUGAGACAAAGUCAACGAGGUUUAAGAGUUCGGAGCAGGCUAUUCGAGAACGAUCGUGGGAACUGAUGCCCAGUUCACGGGAGAAGAAUGAACUGAUCUCUGUCAAAGGAACACUUCUUCAAGAUGGAGGGUUGGCUAUUGGCAUUAAUACUAGUCAUGCUUUAUUCGAUGGAGAAGCUUUCUUUACAUUUAUGACAAUUUGGGGACAGUACUACAGUGGCGUCAAGAAGGAAGAGAGACAAGUAGUAAACCAUGCUCGAUACUUGCUUAAUGAAGUGGGAGGGCCAUCAAAAAUGAAGCACCCUGAAUUUCGCGUACUUCUCGAUCAUGACUUGACAACGGAAGCCCAAUUAGCUGCUCAAGCACUUCCUCAUACUACGAAUGAGUUUUUCCAUUUCACUCCGAUUAUGAUGAAAAAGAUCAAAGACUUGGCAAGUCACGGUGGAUUGGAUAGUCAGAAAAGUGUAAAGGCAUCGUAUGUAAGUAGUGUUGACGCGAUCACUGCACUAAUGACAGUCUUGAUCUCAAGAGCCCGCAAGCAUGGUCAAGAUGUACGUAUUUCAACCUUUGUCAACGCUCGACGUCGUCUCGAACCCCCGUUGCCUCCAAACUACGUAGGAAAUGCCAUCUUUAAUGCAUUUUUGACAGUUAAAAGUAAAGAACUCCAGCCGCAGCCAGAGUAUGAAGGUCUUGUGUCUGGAGCAACACUAAACCUGAUAGCUCGACGUGUCCGUGAAUCUAUUAUUCGAUGUGAUGACGCUUACAUGCGUGAUGCUCUCAACUUUCUGGCUGAGCAAAGCAACAUUGCCGCCGUUCAGAUUGGCACAAAUUAUUGCUUCGGUCCCGAUCUCCUAUUUACCUCGUGGUUACGUUUGGACAUGUAUGGUGCCGAAUUCGAUAGUGUACAUCCCUCACAUGUAUUUUAUCCUCAACUACCAGGUGCCGAUGGCGUAGUCAUAUUUACUGAAGCCCAAAAUGGAGGUGAAGGAAUCGAUGUGGGUGUACUUCUCGCGUGCAGCGCGAUGGAGAACCUCAAGAAAAUGUUUACAGAGAUAUCGCACUUUUACAGUUAG